GGCGGUGGCCGCGCUGGGGCGCAGCCAGGCGGCCAGGCGGGCGGGGGCCAGAGGCUGAGUCCGCUGCCCUGGAGCGGGUCCCCAGGCGCCCCUCAGCUCUCCUCGGCGUCUAGCACAGCCCCCCAGGGGUGCCCAUCAAUUUCUUUGGGUGACUACAGCGUGUGUUUUGUUUUUUUCUUUUUUUCCCUGCCUGUGUGCCCUUCUCCAGGAUGGCAGAGGCGGAAUUGCACAAGGAAAGGCUGCAAGCCAUAGCAGAAAAAAGAAAGCGGCAGACUGAAAUAGAAGGCAAGCGACAACAGCUUGACGAGCAGAUACUCCUGCUUCAGCAUUCCAAGUCCAAAGUACUUCGGGAAAAAUGGCUGCUGCAGGGUAUACCCGCUGGAACUGCCGAAGAGGAGGAGGCCAGGAGGCGACAGUCUGAGGAGGACGAGUUCAAAGUCAAGCAGCUUGAAGAUAACAUUCAGAGGCUGGAGCAGGAAAUUCAAAUGCUAGAAAGCGAAGAGUCCCAGAUAUCUGCCAAAGAGCAAAUCAUCCUAGAGAAACUAAAGGAAACAGAAAAAUCCUUCAAGGACUUUCAGAAGGGUUUCUCCAAUACGGAUGGAGCUGUGUACGCCAUGGAAAUUAAUGUGGAGAAAGACAAACAAACAGGAGAGACCAAGAUUCUCUCUGCAUCUCCCAUUGGCCCAGAGGGGGUCCAUCCGAAAGGAGUCAAAGUCUAUGAUGAUGGUACCAAAGUAGUGUAUGAGGUGCACUCGGGAGGCACCAUAGUAGAGAAUGGAGUGCACAAAUUAAGCGCAAAGGAUGUAGAAGAGCUUAUUCAGAAGGCUGGACAAUCAUGUUUAGGAGGAGGGCACGUGUUGGAAAGGACUGUGACCGCAGACGGGAGCUUCAGUCAUCCUAAAGAACACAUGCUCUGCAAAGAAGCCAAGUUAGAAAUGGUCCAUAAGUCUAGGAAAGAGCACUCUCCUGGGAACCCGGGGCAGCAGGCCCAAGCCCCCAGCACUGAAGGGCCAGAGGCACCCUUGGACCAGCCAGUCACCAUGAUCUUUAUGGGCUACCAAAAUAUCGAGGAUGAAGAGGAGACUAAAAAGGUGCUAGGCUAUGAUGAAACCAUCAAGGCAGAAUUGGUCCUCAUUGACGAAGACGAUGAGAAGUCCUUGAGGGAGAAGACAGUGACGGACGUGUCCACGAUUGAUGGGAACGCGGCUGAGCUUGUGUCCGGGAGGCCGAUCUCAGACACCACAGAGCCCUCAUCCCCAGAAGGGAAGGAAGAGAGCCUGGCCACAGAGCCAGCCCCAGGAGUCGGGUGGAAGAUUGCAGAGUUAAAGGGAGAGGAGUCAGCCUCGAAUGCCACAGGAACGUCCACCCCAGACAUGACUGUCAAGAAGCCUUCCCAGCUUUCUGAGGAUGAUAUCCAGCUAAAGAACGAGAGUGACACCUGUUGUGCCAACCUCCUGGAGCCUGCUCCCAGCUCUUUUUCCCCGGAUCACAAAAACAUGGAAAUUGAGGUGUCCGUUGCAGAACGUAAAAGUGUUCCUGGAAUCACCUCCACCCCGCAUUCUGUGGACCACUCCUCCCCUUUCUAUUCAGCCCCCCAGAAUGGCCUCACUGAUCAUCACGAGUCCCUGGAUAACGAUGUGGCCAGAGAGAUCCGAUAUCUAGACGAGGUGCUGGAGGCCAACUGCUGUGAUUCUGCCGCGGAUGGAACUUACAACGGAACAUCCUCCCCAGAGCCUGGUGCAGCCAUCCCGGUGGGCUGCCUGAGGCCCCCUGCCCACGUGGCCCUCCAGCCAGAGCCUGCCGAGGCGGUGGCUGGCAGGAAGGCACCUUGUCACACAGAGCUCCCUCAAAGCAACUCAGACCCCAUGGCAGACAGGGAAGGAGCAAACGGCCAUGCUCCAGGCCAGCCCAGAGACACACCAGGGAGUGGCCCGCAGACACCCACGAGCCCCAGCUCCUCAGCCAGCUCACGCUGUCCUUCCCGAGACGGGGAGUUCACACUCACCACACUGAAGAAGGAGGCCAAGUUCGAGCUGCGCGCCUUCCACGAGGACAAGAAGCCCUCAAAGCUCUUUGAGGAUGACGAGUAUGAGAAAGAACAAUACUGUGUCCGAAAGGUAAGGCCUUCCGAAGAGAUGCUGGAACUGGAGAAGGAGAGGAGAGAGCUCAUUCGCAGCCAGGCAGUGAAGAAGAACCCUGGCAUUGCGGCCAAGUGGUGGAAUCCCCCCCAGGAGAAAACCAUCGAGGAGCAGCUGGACGAGGAACAUCUGGAGUCACACAAAAAGUACAAGGAGCGUAAGGAGCGCAGGGCACAGCAGGAGCAGCUGCUAUUGCAGCAACAGUUACAGCAGCAGCAGCAGCAGCAGCAGCAGCCCCCACUGCAGCCCUGCCCAGCCCCUGCAUCUGCCUGUGGUCCAAACGCGAUUGACAAAGCAAAGCAGGACAUUGUCACAGAGCAGAUCGACUUCUCCACUGCUCGCAAACAAUUCCAGCAGAUGGAGAAUUCCAGGCAAGCAGCGGCCAAGGGCCAGAGCACACCCAGGCUGUUCUCCAUCAAGCCUUUCUACAGGCCCCUGGGAUCAAUUAACUCUGACAAGCCACUGACUGUCUCGAGACCAGCUUCUGUCGGGGGACCUCCAGAAGACAGUGGCACCUCCACCGCUAAGGGGCAGAAAGCCCCCUGUGUCCUGGAGAGCCAGUCCGGGGGAGGAGGCCAGGGCAGCACAGCCCCUCAGGGUAAGGAAGGGCCCUACAGUGAGCCAUCUAAGCGAGGGCCCUUAUCCAAACUGUGGGCAGAGGAUGGAGAGUUCACGAGCGCCCGGGCGGUCCUCACCGUGGUCAAGGACGACGACCAUGGGAUUUUGGAUCAGUUUUCAAGAUCAGUCAAUGUCUCCCUGACCCAAGAGGAGCUCGACUCUGGUUUGGAUGAAUUGUCGGUGAGGUCCCAGGACACCACGGUCCUGGAGACUCUGUCCAAUGAUUUCAGCAUGGAUAACAUCAGUGACAGUGGGGCCUCUAAUGAGACAGCCAACGCCCUCCAGGAAAACUCAUUGGCUGACUUUUCUCUACCCCAGACUCCACAAACUGACAAUCCCUCAGAGGGCCGAGGAGAAGGUGUCUCCAAGUCAUUCAGUGACCAUGGUUUCUAUUCUCCUUCAUCCAUGCUGGGAGACUCUCUGUCAGUCGAUGACCCCUUGGAGUAUCAGGCUGGUCUCCUGGUGCAGAAUGCCAUUCAACAAGCCAUAGCCGAGCAGGUGGAUAAAGCUGUGCCCAAAUCCAGCAAGGAUGGAGGAGAACAGCAGGGCGCUGAGACAACCGUGGAGGAAGCUGAAAUUGGGGCUUCCGGCUCAGAGAAGCCUCAGAACAUGUUCGAGCCACCCCAGGUGUCCUCUCCCGUUCAAGAGAAAAGGGACGUAAUACCAAAGAUUCUGCCUGCCGAAGACAGGGCGCUCAGGGAAAGGGGGCCCUCCCAGCCGCUGCCCACUGUGCAGCCCAGCGGCCCAAUCAACAUGGAGGAAACCAGGCCUGAAGGGGGCUAUUUCAGCAAGUACUCGGAGGCAGCUGAGCUGAGAAGCACAGCCUCCCUCCUGGCCACUCAAGAAUCUGAUGUGAUGGUUGGGCCCUUCAAACUGAGGUCAAGGAAGCAGCGGACUUUGUCCAUGAUUGAGGAAGAGAUCCGGGCAGCUCAGGAAAGGGAAGAAGAGCUGAAGAGGCAGAGGCAAGUCCUGCAGAGCACCCCGAGCCCCAGGACCAAGAAUGCCCCCUCGCUGCCUUCCAGGACACCGUGCUACAAAACCACCCCAGGGAAAAUAGAGAAAGUCAAACCUCCUCCAUCCCCCACCACUGAAGGCCCCAGCCUGCAGCCUGACUUAGCCCCCGAAGAGGCUGCCGGAACCCAGCGGCCCAAGAAUCUGAUGCAGACCCUCAUGGAAGACUAUGAGACACACAAAUCUAAAAGGCGCGAGAGAAUGGAUGAUAGUAGUGUCCUUGAGGCCACACGGGUUAAUCGAAGGAAGAGCGCACUGGCCUUGCGCUGGGAAGCAGGGAUCUAUGCCAACCAGGAGGAAGAAGGCAACGAGUAAACUCUCUCCAACCCAGGAAGCUCCUUUGGUGCUUGGGAUACCAAGAAACCAAGAACAUAACAACUCAAAGCAUUUUAAUGGACUAUUUAUUAAAGUGCAGACAAACUCAGCAAUCCUUACGUAGACCAGAAGCAGCAAUACACAAUGAUGAGAAAUAAAACGAUAAGGAAGUCCACUCAUCAGACACUGACUCCCAGGAGUCAAAAGAGAAAGGAUUUUUUUUUUUUUCUUUUUGUGACUCAAAGAAUCUCAAUGUCUGGGAUUUGGACCAAUCCGCAAUUGAUCCAAAAGGACAAAGACUUGACCAGCAAACCAACAUAGCUGCUAUAGGCAGGGCAGAGACCAGCCUCGCUGGGUGAUGAGGAAGAACAGUGGUGAUAGGGCCAUUUAGAGAGCUCUAGGGCCCGGGCUCAUGAGUCCACGAGGCCUGGGAUGUCUCUCUGCACCCGUGUCCCACCUGUCACUCACAGCAUCAGAGGUGUCGUAUUAAUUCCACUUUCUCCAGCAGCCAUAAAACGAAUAGUGUCUCUUCUCCACACUUGUGAGAGGAGGCAGUCAGGAUUCCAUUUCUCUUACAUUUACUUCUUUUUAAUCAAUUGGGUACAAUUCAUGAUUGCAAUCGAUAAAAAUCCUUAUUUUUAAGACAAGCUUUCUUCAUGUUGCAAACACAAUCUCUUGUACAUCCGGAGGCUGAGGAAAGGGGAGGAAGGCAAACCAAACGGGUGAUUUUAGCUUUAGGAUCAUGUCUGCUUUCACUAUAUUGACUGAUCUGCCAUUCACAAGAACACAUUUUCACCGUUAUGUUUCUUCAUAUGAAAAUAAUUAUAUUUAACGGGCAACAACUAUUUUUAUGAUGGGAUGGGGGAAUAUAUACAUGUAUACAAUCUGUACACAUUGAACAGCUUGGUUCAAGAUGGUAGGGGAUAUUUUUAGAGUGGCAAUAAUUGAAAAAAAAAAAAAGUGCGAACUCUGCCUUCGAGAGGUGGGCAACAUGAAAUCAAAAAGGUGUUUAUAACUAUUUUGUACUAUAAAGUUGGCCUUAGAGGUAGGAAGAACAAUGGAUUGUUUGGGGUCAAUCAAAACAGAAACAUGAAAGAAAAGUCAUGAAGGUAGAGGGAGAAAAAGGGAGGGAGGGAGAAAGAAAUGGGAAGAAAAUAAGGAAGGAAGAGAUACUAUUUUUGCUGAGCAACCAAUGUUUUUUCAGGGUGAUACAAAGAAAAAUAUAGACUAGAAAUGUAAGUGCAGGCUGGAAUCAGCUACAUACAGAUGGGUGUGCGUGUGUGUGCUUGCGUGUGUGUGCCUUUGUGUGUUUGUGUAAGGUGUGUAUACCAUGAGUAAGGGUGUGUGUGUGUGUGUGUGUGUGUGAAAAUUCCAGAGUGAUCAUGGCACUUGGGUGUACAGUUAAUUCCUCCAAAGCUAUUUGCCAGCUAUGGGAGUGAGUGAAAAUUUCUUUUUUAUGAAAAGGGAUAUAAAGGCACCGAGCUGAUGCAGUAUUUGUAAUAUUAAAUUGAUCUAACAUGGUAUUUGCAUGAGUCCUGACUGCAAAGUUUUGAGCAAGUUUUGUAAGCUGAUGUUUUAGGAACGUACCCUAUUUAUUCUCAUGCCUUGUAUUCAUACUUAGUGUAUGAUAGAGGAUGCCAGCUUUAAUCUUUCUGUCAUUCAAAGCAAUAUAAUAAGGGUAUUCAAUAACCGGGUGCCUGGUUAUUGAAUUUCUGGAUGAGAAAAUUUUCAGUUCUGGCCAUGAAGGAAAAAAAAAAACAGCCUUCUUUUUUUUCUCCUUUGUUUUAAAACUAUGUUUUUUUUAAAAAGCAAUAAUUGAGUCAGACCUCACUAAAGUUCAUUUCUGUUUUCAUAUUGUCAUGUCAUAAGCUCUAACAAGUAAGCUGCUCCACAAAAUUUGUAUGUAGGCGUUACGCACAUUACCUUUGCUUCUUUUAUUAGACUAGUGUUGACUUUGGGGGGAAGUUUAUUCACAGGCAGGUAGUGGGCAUGAAGUAAAAAAUGGAAUUGUUUAAGAAUAAGGAUCCUUCAAAACUGCCAAGGGAAUCUCUUAAGUUAAAGGUAGACUCUACAGAUAGCUGAAAUAACACAUGGGCAGUCGGCACCAACUUAAAAUAGUUUGUUCUCCUGAAUAUUCUGAAUAAAUUUUCAACAAAAUGUGCUAGCCCUUGGGGACACAAAACCAGUAAGAUCUCUGCUGCAAAGCAUUCAUUUUAUGGUGGGGAGUCUGGCGUGGAGACAGUCAUUCCCAGGAGAGUGAGUUGUGUUAAGACAUCCCAACAGGUGAAAUGGGAGUACCCAGGAGAGAGGACCAUCUCUGCCUGAGCAGUUCCAGCCAGAGGUCCCUCGUGCCUGGGCUGAGGACCCAGCAAUCAGGUGUUCCCAAGGCAGCAGACACGGGGACAGGAAAAGAGGAGGCAGCAGCCUCAUGUGACCCCAGGCACUAUGACAGUUAGGAUGGCUAGAGAGUAGGCUAGUCUAUGGGUCACACAAAAAAAUAGAAAGUGCUUUAUGUUUUCUGAACUGACUCAUGGAUCCAGUAGAGAUCAUAGGCAUGAUAUAGACAAACUCCCCCCAUUUUUCAAGGAGGGAACUCUUUCCCUACAUGAAACUUACAUUUGAGAAGAGAAUUUGCAGCUAAAAGGAAAGCUUAGGAGGCCUUGCAAUUUAGAGGCAAAGAGGUCUUUGACCACAGUUGAUUGAAAGGGAAGCAUUUACUUGCUUAAGGAAUAACAAAGUUACAGAACUGACAGCCUUUGCCCCCCACCCCCUCCGCUGUCUGUGCACAUAAGGAAACAAACAUCAUUUCUGUGACUCCAGUGGUCACAAAGCUGUUUUCUUUCACUGUGGCCCCUACCCUACAUCCCCAACAUGCGCUAGCUCCCCUGUGCUGCCUUCCAGAUGACCGCUGUCUGUUUUCUUGCUCCACUCACUGGUAAUCCUAUUAAAAUGUAAAUUGCACCCAGGGAUAGCCAGAUUUUUUUUCUCUGUGCUCCUGAGUUUUUAUUCAUUCAAGAAACAAUUGAACCAGCCCCCUGCUUUGUACAUAGCACUGUGCUAGGCUCUGGGAUCCCAAAUGAACCCCUUUAACUUUCUGAAGAUGGAACCAAGCCCUGGAGGAAAGUCAUUCCUGUCUAAUCCACUGAGAGAAAGAGGCUUCUGAAAAACUUGCCCUCUGAUGCUCGGCUCCACCCCCCAAAUAGCCCAGCUUGUUUAAUCUCAGCGGUCACACGUGUUUAAAUUCUGUGGCUGUUAAAAGCCUCCCAGAAAGCAUUCCGUUCUGCCGUGUUGAUAGACGCUCACUGUCCUCCAGAGCCAAUUACUGACAUACCUUGGCUUUCUUAUCCAGAAAUCAUGGAAACAGGGUCUGUCAGUGGCAGGAGGCCGGGCUGUGUUGUGCUGGGAUGACGCAAUGCAGUUUACUAGCCUCUUUGUUUCCUCGCAUGCUGCCCACCCGGGGCAAAGUCAUAUAAGCAGUAUAUAAAUCAGUGUCCGCAUACACACACACACACACACACACAUACACAUACACACACACACACAUAUAUAUAAACUGUAACAAGGAACACUGAGACAGUGUUGACUUUUGUCUCUGAAGACAAAUGCACAUUUUUUUUCCAGCUAAAGAAUGAAUUUCAUUAAACUAUGUAUUGAAAAAAAAAAUAGCCUAAGUGUUAGAGAUGGUGACUAUAUCCAGUUUUAGUUACAGAACCAAUUUCCGGAAUUUUAAGCAUUCAGUGAGCUGCCAAUUUUGAUUUUGUGUUGCUCUUUACCCAAAUGACUUUUUUCUUUCUUUUGCUCUUUUUUUUUGGUGGGGGGUAGGGUGGGAAAAAAGCAGCAAUACUGUGUUUGGAAAUUAGACUCUGUAUCCGGCUUUCCUGUGUAUGUUAACUGCUUCAAUGUUAUUAUCCUGCUUUGGUUUUAUAGUGAUUGUGAGGCAUUCAAUGCAAGUAUACAGUUAUUUUCUCAUUAAAACCCAGUGUGUGUUGUGUUUUUAUAAA